AUUACAACGAUGACUUCAACAGUGUUGGUGGACAUACAAGAAGAGGUGACCUGCCCCAUCUGCCUGGAGCUCCUAACAGAACCACUGAGCAUAGACUGUGGCCACAGCUUCUGCCAAGCCUGCAUCAUAGCGAACCACAAGGAAUCAGUAAUUGGCCAAGAAGGGAUGAGCAGCUGCCCUGUGUGCCAUAUCAGCUACCAGCCCGAGAACCUCCGCCCUAACCGGCACCUGGCUAACAUAGCAGAAAGACUCAGAGAGGUAGUGCUGGGCUCUGGAAAGCAACUGACAGCAAAUCUCUGUGCUAAUCAUGGGGAGAAACUCCAGCUCUUUUGUAAAGAGGAUGGGAAGGUCAUUUGCUGGCUUUGUGAGAGGUCUCAAGAACACCGUGGUCACCAAACAUUGCUAAUGGAGGAGGUGGCCCAGGAGUACCAGGAAAAGUUCCAGGAGUCUCUUAAGAAGCUGAAGCAAGAACAGGAGGAAGCAGAGAAAUUAAAUGCUGUUAUUAGAGAAAAGAGAGAAUCCUGGAAGAAUCAGUUAGAACCUGAGAAACUCAGGAUUCAGACAGAGUUUAAUAAGUUGAGAAGCAUUCUAGACAAAGAGGAGCAGCGACAACUGAAAAAGUUGGAGGAUGAAGAGAGAAAGGGGCUAAGUAUUAUUGAAAAGGCUGAGCAAGAUCUGGUCCAGCAGAGCCAGUCACUGGGUGAGCUGGUCUUCGAUUUAGAGCGUCGGUGUCAGGGGUCCACGACAGAAUUGCUGCAGGAUGUGUGCGAUGUUACGAAAAGGAGUGAAGUCUGGUCUCUGAAGAAACCAGAAAGUCUCCCCACAAAGCUGAAGAGUAGGUUUCGAGCCCCAGAUUUGAAAAAGAUGUUGCGAGUGUUUAGAGAAUUGACAGAUGUCCAGAGCCACUGGGUGGAUGUGACUAUGAAUCCACACACAGCUACUAUAAAUCUUGUGAUGGCCAAAAACCGGAGACAAGUGAGGUAUGUGGGUGGUGAACUAUCUGGUUCUCCUCUGGAAGAAUAUUAUGACUGUAGUAUCUUGGGCUCUCAGCACUUCUCCUCAGGAAAACAUUACUGGGAGGUAGAUGUGACCAAGAAGACAGACUGGAUCCUGGGGGUAUGCAGUCAUUCAACGGAACCUGCAGUCUCUUUCAAUCAAUUUGCACAAAGUCGGAAUGCGUACUCUAGGUAUCAACCUCAAAGUGGCUUCUGGGUAAUUGGAUUACAUCAUAAACAUGAAUACCGAGCCUAUGAAGACUCCUCUACAGCCUUGCUUCUCUCCAUGACUGUGCCCCCUCGUCGAGUUGGUGUGUUCUUGGACUAUGAGGCUGGCACUGUCUCAUUUUACAAUGUCACAAACCAUGGCUUUCCCAUCUAUACCUUCUCUAAAUAUUAUUUUCCUACCACCCUUUGCCCAUAUUUUAAUACAUGUAACUGUGUGGUCCCAAUGACCCUGCGUCGUCCAGGCCCUUAAACAUUUCCUUUCUCUGU